UCACAAAUCUCCAACAUAGAGCUUCUCACAGUGAAGCAAAAAAUGGAGUCUCUUCGGCGAUUCUCCUUUGUAUCCUUCAUUGCUCUUCUUGCCUACUUCGCUUUCCUCGCUUCCGCUGAACAUCAUGUCCAACAAUUCGUGAUCCAACCGCGACCAGUGAAGAGGCUGUGCAGAACUCACCAAAGCAUCACUGUGAACGGUCAAUUCCCUGGUCCAACGCUUAUAGUCAGGAACGGUGACUCUCUCGCAAUCACUGUCAUCAACAGAGCCCGUUACAACAUUAGUAUUCAUUGGCAUGGAAUCAGACAGCUGAGGAAUCCGUGGGCUGAUGGUCCAGAGUACAUAACACAAUGCCCGAUCCGUCCAGGGCAAAGUUACACUUACAGAUUCAAAAUCGAGGACCAAGAGGGUACGCUUUGGUGGCACGCUCAUAGCCGCUGGCUCAGAGCCACCGUCUAUGGUGCUCUAAUCAUUUACCCUCGUCUUGGUUCUCCUUAUCCCUUCUCUAUGCCCAAACGUGACAUUCCAAUUCUUCUUGGGGAAUGGUGGGAUAGAAACCCAAUGGACGUUUUGAGGCAAGCACAAUUCACGGGUGCAGCACCUAAUGUAUCUGACGCUUACACAAUCAACGGUCAACCAGGGGAUCUUUACCGCUGUUCGCGGGCCGGGACAAUCCGUUUUCCAAUUUUUCCCGGGGAGACGGUGCAACUCCGUGUCAUCAACGCUGCUAUGAACCAAGAGCUUUUCUUCUCAGUCGCCAACCACCAGUUCACAGUCGUUGAAACUGAUUCCGCCUACACGAAACCAUUCACCACAAGUGUCAUUAUGAUCGGUCCCGGUCAAACCACUAACGUCCUCCUCACGGCAAAUCAGCGACCGGGUCGUUAUUACAUGGCAGCUCGAGCCUACAACAGCGCAAACGCUCCUUUUGACAACACAACCACAACCGCUAUCUUACAAUACGUCAACGCUCCAACUCGACGCGGUCGUGGUCGUGGUCAGAUCGCUCCAGUUUUCCCGGUCCUUCCCGGUUUCAAUGACACCGCAACAGCAACCGCUUUCACCAACCGUCUACGGUACUGGAAACGAGCUCAAGUACCACAACAAGUCGACGAGAACCUCUUUUUCACCGUCGGAUUAGGACUAAUCAACUGCUCCAACCCAAACAGUCCGCGUUGCCAGGGUCCUAACGGGACCCGGUUCGCGGCAAGUAUGAACAACAUGUCCUUUGUGCUACCACGAAGUAACUCCGUCAUGCAAGCUUACUACCAAGGCACGCCCGGAAUCUUCACGACAGAUUUUCCACCCGUUCCACCGGUGCAAUUCGAUUACACCGGUAACGUUAGCCGCGGGUUAUGGCAGCCCAUAAAAGGAACCAAAGCUUACAAGCUUAAGUACAAAGCUAAUGUUCAGAUUGUGUUACAAGACACAAGCAUUGUCACGCCUGAGAAUCAUCCCAUGCAUUUACACGGGUACCAAUUUUACGUGAUCGGGUCAGGUUUUGGAAAUUUCAACCCGAGAACAGACCCGGCUAGGUUUAACUUAUUUGACCCACCAGAGAGGAACACCAUUGGAACACCUCCAGGUGGUUGGGUGGCAAUCCGGUUCGUCGCUGAUAAUCCAGGAGCAUGGUUUAUGCAUUGUCACAUUGAUUCACAUUUGGGAUGGGGUUUGGCUAUGGUUUUCUUGGUCGAGAAUGGUCGUGGACGGUUGCAGUCGGUGCAGGCUCCACCGUUGGAUCUUCCAAGAUGCUAAUAAAAAUCUUCUACCGUUGGAUCUAAAGGAUUUAUGGGGUUUCGUUUUUUGUUCUUGUUUUUAAUCAAAAAAAGACUUUGUUAGUCUUGAUAUGUUAAAGAUGGACAACUGCUCUAUUGAAAGUGGUUCAACCUUUGUUUUCGAUGUACUUUUGUUAUUUUCCUCGUAAUAGAGUGAGUGUUGUGAU